AAUCAAACUCCAUACUUUGUGAUUUUUCCAUUUCAUCUGGUAUAUAGUGUAUAUAUCUCGUUAAACAUAAUUUUUUUCUUAUUCAACAGCGCAAUAUGGAGAAACGAUCUCGGCCUCCAGCAGGUAUUAUCUUUUUCAUGAUUCCUUCGUGUGCAGCACACUUACUACCUGAGUAUUAUAUCUGUAUUAAGACAAAGGGAAGAAAACAGCAACAAAAGAGACAAAAACUGAAAAAAAAACAUAAAAGAUUCCGAACAGAUUAGGCAAAAUGAGCAGUCGUAAGACAGUAAAGUCAUGUCUAGUUGAGCAAAGU